AUGGCCUCCCUCAAUACCUCGACGAACGGCCCCUCAAUUUCGAAGAGCUAUCAGUCCAUCGUCAAUGCUCCGCCUCCUACCGGACCUGCCGCAGCUUCGCCCACAUACGGCCAAUGGGCUGUUUUCUCUGUGUCGGCUCCCUUAGCAAAUGCAUUCCAAGACUCGAGCAAUAAAGAAAGUGUGUUGAAGGUCCAGAGCACAGGGGAAGGGGAGCUCGUGGACUUGGUUGAUGAAUUCUCAGACGGGCGGAUUCAGUUCGCGUUUGUCAAGGUCAAAGACUCCAACAGCGGGCUGCCAAAGUGUGCCCUCGUCGCUUGGUGCGGCGAAGGCGUCCCUGAGCGGACAAAAGGCUAUUUCACGAGCCACUUGACCACGGUUGCCAAAUUAUUGCAUGGCUACCACGUUCAGAUUACCGCUAGGUCAGACCGAGACCUCACACCUGAAGGCAUCAUCCAAAAGGUCGCUGAUGCCUCUGGCUCCAAGUACUUUUCCAGCACUUCCGCGGCGGCUGCUCCCCCUCCAGUUGCUGCGACCAAACCUACCAUUGCGUCCAAGCCUGUCUUCACCCCUACACAGAGCAGCGGUGUCUCUUCCGGCUACAAUCCUGUUUCCCGCAACCUUCCGCAAAAGAGCUCGAAUGUGGAUGAGGACGGGUGGGGGGCUGACGCUCCCCCGGUGACAAGAACCCAGUUGGAAAAGGUCGCUUCGGCGUAUCAGCCAACAAGAGUCGAUAUGAGAGAGCUUACAUCACAAAAGCCUACACCGUCAACCUUCUCCAGCAGUGCGGCAGAAGAUCGACCUGGAGUGGUUAAAGGUGCAUACCAGCCCGUGGGUAAGGUGGACAUCGCGGCUAUUCGCCGGCAGGCGCAAGAAUCGGGUAACAUGAAAGAUGACCGACCAGCCAUCGUCAAAGGUGCUUACGAACCCGUCGGUAAGGUCGACAUUGCAGCUAUCCGUGCCAAAGCCCAAAAGCCCGAUGACUCUACCGGCUUUCCUCGGCCGCUGCCGGCUUCGAGCCCAUCCACUGGGCCGUCCGAAGAACCAGACCCGCCCUCGAGGUCGCUGGCAGACAGAUCAGCCGCUUUCUCACAGGGUCCCGAACGUCUGACCUCGCUCCCUAAACCCAAAAUCGCUAACAAAUUUGGGGGUGGUUCGACGUUUACGGGCACCAAAGCCCCAGUCCCAGGCGGCUUCGAAGCGAAACCAUUGGCCACCGCUGCACCCGUUGGCACCGCCAGCAGAACCUUCGCCGAUCAGGGCGGGAAGACGCCUGCUCAGAUUUGGGCGGAGAAGAAAGCUCGCGAGAGAGGCUCGAGUGCGCCUGGGGAGCCACCAGUGUCGCCAACGGCCUAUGAUGGGCGGCCUCCUCUUACCAGCCAACCGAGUGGUGAGGCUGGGUGGAAGAGCAGCUAUACGGGCAAGUCGUGGGCACCAGUACAGACCAGCCAUACAGGCCGAAGCAGCCUUGGCCAGCAAGUCACUGGCGAAGGUCCGGCGCCAGCUGAGGAAGAAGAGACUCCCAGCUCCCCAGCCGGAGGUAUCAGCUCGAUUCGGGACCGCUUCAGUGGAGCGCCACCAAUGGGGGCACCAGCGACUUUCGAUCGAGCACCACCUCCGGCUCCUGAACCGGACACAAGUAAUAAGCCCAAUCGUGGGAUCCCGAUUCCAGGAUUGCCGGUUUCUGAACCCAGGGAAGAGAGAGCACCUGCGCUUCCACCGCCGCCUGCACAACCCCGAAGUCCUACACCUGAUGAGGAGGAGCCCCCGUCUCCCAUCCGCGUGGCUGUGCCAGUUAGUGCUUCAGCCCAUGUAGCCGACGCACACGAGGAGCAAUUAUCUCCGCCACCCACGAUGCCUACAGCCUCCCUCGCGCGGGCGAUUCCCUCUCCACCCCGGCAAGAGGAGGAUGAUGAACCUGCACGUGGACCCGACUUGGGAAGAGCCGCAGCGGUUACAGCAGCGGCUACGACUCUGGGCACUGCGGCUGUAGAGUCUGCUCCUGCUCCAGCUGCUGCAGGUGGAGGUGAGCGGGCUCGAGCUGAAUACGACUACGAAGCGGCCGAAGACAACGAAGUGUCGUUACGUGAAGGUGAAUUGGUGACGGAUGUCCAGCGAAUCGAUCCAGACUGGUGGCUAGUCAAGAACGAGGCUGGACAGACUGGACUUGUCCCAAGCAACUACCUGACGGUAUUGGACGAUGACGAGACCCCCGCUCCGGCUCCGCCAGCAGCACCUGCAGCGGUCGAGCCGACUCCCCCAGCCCCAGCGCCAGCAGCAGCGCAGAGCCAAGGCGCAACGGCAACAGCACUCUACGAUUACGAGGCUGCUGAAGAUAACGAAUUAUCCUUUCCCGAGAAUGCCAUCAUCACCAACGUGACAUUCCCGGACGAGGACUGGUGGCACGGCGAGUACCAUGGUCAAUCUGGACUGUUCCCCGCGAACUACACCAAGAUCAAUGAUUAG